AUGCCCAGACUUCCCAGAGAUCAAAAAUUCUUCCCCAGUAUAAAGCCAAAGCGACAUCGAGACACCGAACCUGACCGUCAUCAUAUCCCCCACGAUCGAGCCGUUAAUCUCCUGCAGAACCUCGGAAUUGGACCAGCUCGACCAGUUGAACCACCAGCUGAACUGGAUAGACACGAUGAACACGAAGACGAUUGGAACAAUCAACCCGAUGUCAACUAUGACCCUCAAGAUGACCCACCUGUCCCUACCCUUGAUGGCGCGGCCGAACGACUAGCUGAGGCUGCAAGAGCGCAACACUAUGCUCAAAAACGGCUCAACUUCGAAAAACAAUGGGUUGCUCUUGCAGCUCCUGUCACCGCUGUAUACCUUGAGCGUCAGCAUGCAACCCAGAAUUGGACAACUAGCAUGUCAUACCUAGCCAACCAGCCCGAAUGCCGCUGUAAUAACCAAACCACCCGGCUGAUCGACCUCAUUGACAUGUAUGGUCGAUUAAGCAGUUACCAAUUCACGUUUUGCAAGUGUUGUCCAGAUGUCAUCCGCCUUCUCUAUGCAGGAUACUUCGCAAGCUCACCUUCCCAACCACACACAGCCUUCUCGAUUCCUCUCAUUCAAUUCCAUAACCGACUUUGGCAGACCUCGGCACUUUCAACAAGUUCCUUUAUUGACGCUCUUGGAGGUUUCCUGGACGAUCGAUCAGCUUCACCCCUCUAUGGCCAGCUUCGUAAUGGAACAAUUUGCAAGCGGGAACUUAGAAAACCUAUAACCCAUUCAAUUGAUCUUUACCGGCGAAUAUUAUAUCAUCAAGAACUACUUUACAUAGAAGGACUCGAGCUCAGUUUACUAGAAGUAUAUGCCGACAAGUGUUCUCGCUGCUUUGGACCCAGAGAAGGUGAAAUCACAAAGGUGGCCGACUUGUGUAAGAAUACUGCUGCACUAGCCAGCGAUAUCAAGAACAACUCCCCAAUAUCAAGUUUGGCGUUCUCUACGACAUUGGGUGUCACCUUGAUGCACACAUCAAGAAGUGGGAAAUGGCUCCUCAGCAAGUUGAACAACGCCAACCAGGUCAAGAAGGAAGCAAGCGAAGGACUAUUGAAUCUGUACACGCAACGCAACCCCUACGAUCCUGACCGACAGUUUUAUUCAGCUGAUUUUCUCAGGGAGCAAUGGAUAUUGGAAAGGAACGCACAAGCCAGCAAGAAGCAUGCAGAAGAGCAACAAAAACUUGAACUGGGACGAUUGCUAUGUCUAGAACAAGAGAUUCAGAAGCUCUGGAAUAGCCCUGUUCCUACUGCUGAGUAUGAAAUAUCACGGGCACAAAGGUUGAAUGAACUCCAGGAAAAAAUCACGACACAGCGAAGAAAGGUUGGAGCAGCAGAUGUGCUUGCAUUGCUAACUAGGCCUGAGCACGAUGGCCUUCUAAUGGUUUGGUACUGCAUGCGAGAUGUCCGAUCUAGGUUGAUUGCAAUAUUCAAGGAAAAGUUGCCCCUUAACCAAUCUCAAGCUCAUGGUCGAGAUUCAAACUUAGGUGUUUCUGGCAGGACUGCUGUUCUUGCCUCAAUACGAAAGCAUGCUGCCGCUCUCGGCAAGGCCGUUGAUCGCUACCAAGAACGCCUCAACACUUUUCGUCAAAAAUUCCCUAAUCGCCUUGCGUAUCCUCCUGAUAUUGAGUACGCAACGCUGUUCCAGAUUGCGCCGGAUGAUCCUUUUUGGAGUGAAGGUCUCUUCACCAAUCACAAUGAACCAUGGGCAAUCGAUCCCUCGACUCAAUACGGAAUGCGACAGCUUUCUUACCUUGAACGAUCCGAAGAGGAACUGCGUAGAAUUGGGUGGGAAGUACGACGUGAAAUGCGAUGGAUCAUCAACACUCGUACCCGAAUCUCUCAUCUUCUUCAAUGUCUUCUCCAUGAAUGCAUCAAUGUUAAAAAAACCCAUGAAAAACUCAUGACAUGA